AUGUCCGUGCCCCGCCGCACCCAAUCGGGGCCCCGAUGCGCCCUCUUCGCACGCACGCGCCAGCCCAAAUGGUGUCAGCGCUCGAAAUGGAUUGCCGAGAAGGACUCCCCUUCGGCCUGCACUGCGACUCGUGCUGCUUCCACUCCCACUACCAUCUGCAAUCGGAGCAACGAAAACAAGAUGGCCAACGCACACGUACAGUCCGCGCUCAACCGCUUCUUCGAUGCGUCCAAGUUCGCCGUGGUGGGUGCAAGCAAGGAUGCCACCAAGUUUGGCAACAAGGUGCUCAAGUGGUACCAGGCGCACGAGCUCGACGUGACGCCCAUCCACCCGAAGGAGGCUGAAAUCGAGGGCCUUGCGUCGCAGCCCGACGUGGCGCGCUUCCUCGACGCCGCGGGUACGUCGGCGGACAAGAUCGCCAUCUCGGUCGUCACGCCACCCAAGAUCAGCCUCACCGUCGUCCAGACAGGCCUGCAAGAUCAGGGCAUCUCCACAUUCUGGCUCCAGCCAGGUGCGGAGGACGCCGAGCUGGUCAAGUGGGUGCAAGCGCAACCGGCGUCGAUCCAGGAGCGUGUCAUCUACGGUGGGCCGUGUAUCCUGGUCUCUGGCCGUCAGCUCGCAGCCGACAAGGGAAAGCUCUGA